AACAUUAUUUUUCUGUCUGUGGUCGAAAUUGAAAAAUGGCGUUCUGUACAGCUGUGGAUUGCGCAAUUUAAAUGUAAAUGUGCCUGAAAAUCAUCAUAUAUUUCAUAUUUUUUAAGUUAUAAUUAUUCUAGACUAUGAAAAUGAUAAUUGUGCGUAAUUUAAGUGAUAAAUAUUGUGCAGUGGUCUAAUAAUUCAGUUCUUUCUAUCCAGUCUAGAGACCGUGUAUUUUUUGUGUUGUGGUGAUGUAUUAAAAGUAUAAAUAAUGAAACGAAAAGUAAUACGGCUGUGCAAAUAAUGUAAUAAUAAUGGCUGUGUUAUGGCUAAUCUUACUUUUGGCCACGACGUGUGUGCAUUUGGUGCAAGGAUUGCCUGUGAACCCAACGCCACAGACCUACCCUCACGAUGCUAAUGGGUCAGUAUUGGAGGCAUGGAGCACCGAGACGGGGCUGUAUGCAGUGUUGCCAGCGCUGGCGCUGGUCCUCACCGCUGUGGGCCUGCUGUUUGGCUGCACCUGGUGUUACAGGCACAAGGAUUGUAAGCCGAACGAAGGAGCCGAUAAUCAGUUGUUCACGGCGAGCGUAACGCACCUGCAAGAUGGGAGACGCUCGCAACCGCCCGACUCUGGUUUCUCGGAGCCCGUCAACAACAACGUCUCCGAAGAUAACAACAACGGGCCGAUCUCACUGCGCGAGAUGCAGAACAUCGCCAACAACAACGCGGCGGCGUACAUCGUCAGCGAGAACGAGGAGAGGAACCGCAUCAGCAGGGAGUCGGUGGUGGAGUUCGAGCCGCUGCCGGCCGAGAUACGGGUGAUCGAUCCGUUGGAGCGAUGCGCUGAUUGGUUUGCUGGAGAGGAUUUCCCAAGGAAUCAGUUGCAGUAUCUCCGGGAAAUUGGUCGAGGAUGGUUUGGCAGGGUAGUUGAAGGAGAAAUAGAAGACGGCGCAAGCAAUUCCACGGUUGCCGUCAAAAUACUCAAUCAGAAUGCGAGCCUGGAGGACAAGGCGCGGUUCCUCGACGAAGCGCGUCUCUACCGCGACAUGAACCAUGAAAAUGUUCUGGGAUUCGUAGCGAAAUGUCUGCAAGAGGACCCCUGGAUACUCAUAUUCGAGCUGUGCUCCAUUGAUCUCCAACAAUAUUUGGUAGUAAACCGUCCAAAGAUGGCCAUUUUGAACGAGAGCGGCGUACCUCUGCAACUAAUGUGUGACGUCACAUCGGCGCUUGCGCACGUCCACUCUAGAGGAUAUUUAUAUGGAAAUCUGCAAAGCGGCAACGUCCUGAUACGCGGCAGCGACAAUCCUCGCGCCGUGCUCGGACAGUAUGUGCAAAAUGAACAACAGCACUACUAUAACGCCAGCAGUGAUGUUUGGUCUCUUGGGUUCCUAAUUUGGGAGAUAUGCACGUGGGGCGCAACCCCUGCUGCCGACCGCCUGCCGCCGCCCCCUGACCUGCCUUGCCCAUACCGGGACCAUCUUUAUCAAGUCAUGCAACUAUGCUGGACAUCUAUUCCCGAGGCUCGACCCACUGCUGCCCAAGUUCAUGCGCUAAUAAACCACCUGCACUUCACGCAUACUCACAGCAACGACGCUUCCAAAGAUGAUGGUUACGCGAGUAGUGACUUUGAGGAGCGCUGGCAAAGACUAAAACCGAACACCAUCCCUAAGUUAGACGAACAUGUCGCCAUCAUCCACGCGCCGUCAACCUCAAUGGCGUCACACUUCACCGGCUCCGAUCAGGAUUUUGAUAACGCACAGACUAUACAAGAUUCUCUUAGUGUCGAAAUGGACACUGCUGUCUCGAGAUCCAGCAGUUUUAUAUCGGACAAAGACGCACUCUCCAUUCAGAUAAAAUCUGAGAGUUUAACAAACCUCCACGGCUCUCUGGAAGACGUGCGGAACAUCUACCUCACACAUAACGAAACACCGGCGCUUGAAUGCCAUCAGGGUAACAUUUGCAUAGAGGAGUUAAAAGAAAAGGAGCAAGAUCGCUCCGAUAGCUCUGUCGAUCCAUGGCUCAAGGACAUAAUCACCGGUAGCACAGAUGACGUCAGUUACUACAAAGAUGUCAGUGAUGUUAUUAAAAAUCUAGAUAACAUUUUAAAUUCUGAAAAGACCUCAAGUUCAGAGUCGAGCCACCAGGCUAGCCCUUCCAGGGACAAUUUGAGCUUGGAAUGUAAAAAAGAUUACCCUAUGCAAACGAGCAUGGUAAAAUCGCCUGGUAUUAAUAAUUUCCAGAAUAUUCUAGAUAUGGGUAUAGAUGACGAAUCAGAGAGUACAGAGCCUUGCGAUGAAGACGAAGGAGAUCGUGAUACUGUUGGCACGCUUAGCCAUUCAUUUGAACGUCAUAGUGACACUACAAGUCAACAGACUCUCGAAAAUAUUACACCUGAAACACCAAUAAAGGACUUAGAUGUUGCCAAUGAUGUUCAUACUGAAGUUAUUGCCGAUGAACCUAGUGUAGUGAAAGUAAAGGAAUUAAAAAAUGCACACAGACUAAGUGAAUUGCCAAAAGAUAGUAACAUAGAUAGUAGUAAUUGUGAUGUACCCAAUUUGAAGGAAUUGUGUGUAUCCUCGAUGCCUAGUGUAAGUGAAACGGAACAAGUGAUCUUAAAACAAGACUGUCAAAUACCAUAUUACGAUAAUAACAUUAAAAAUAUAAGAACUGGUAACACAGAAACUAAGUCAAUAGAAGACAGCCAGUCUUUUAUAAGUAAUGAGAUUGAACAUUCAGAGGAAGAAAACAUAAAAGUGAAUGCUUCCAAAAAAGUAGAACCUGAAAAAACCAAUCUAAAAUCGCAUGACACAGUAUUAUCAGUUCAUGAAAAUGAUUCAAACAAAGCGGAAUCUAUUAAUGAUCUAGUCAGUACAAAUUUUAUUACCGAUGAACAAGGUUUAAGAAUAUCCUCAACAACUAUAAAUGAUUUAACAUUUAAUACCGACAGGAACAUCAUAGAAAUAAUUGAGAAAAGCUUAUAUGAUUCAGAACCUAUUUCAUCUUUGCAAACAGAUGAAAAUAAAAUUAAUUUUAUUACGGAACCUGUAGCAAAUGAUAUUUUACCUGUGAUUGAAAAAUACCACCCAAUUCAAGAACCAAAUAAAGAUAUAACAGAUGACAACAAUAAAUCUGAAAUUAACUCAACAAAUCCAAGUUCUUACAAUCAUGAGGUAGAUAUAUUACAGUUUGAUAUUAACCACAUGAAUUAUAUAAGUGACAAUAAAACAUGUUUCAAUGAGGUUUUAUCGCCAAGUCAGCAACCAGGAUCUACUAGAAGCCUCAAUCAAAGUGAAAACCAUAAUGAGGGCAUCAUUAUUUUAGAAAAUGAUCUUUCAAGUAAAUGCAACAAUAAAGACCCUAGUUGUAGUGAAUAUUUAAAUGAAAAUUUUAAUGAUUUUCAUGAUAAAGUCGAAAGUGCAGGUGUAAAUCUCGAAAAUACAAUGGAAUCUCUCCCAAGUGAAAUUAAUAGUGAAUGUAAUAGAAAAUUAGAAAAUACGCAUGUUUUAAGUUCAUUAUCAACCCACUUAGAAAUAAAUACCGAGCAGCCUGAGACAGUACAAAUUCCAACUAACAUAGAAUCUGAUAAAGAAACUUUAGAUGUUAACAGAAUAGCCAAUAGAAGUCAUUCCUUAGAAGAAGUUUCAAUGCCUGAAAAAGUACAAAACAGAAACGAUAGUAUUUCAACAAAUCUAGAAACAAAAGAACCGCACGUCAAAAAUAUAGACGGUUCACUAAAUGAUCAGUCAAGCGAUAGUACUGUUUAUAUGGAUCUCAUUAAUGAUACAAAUAGUAAAAUUUUAAAAGACAGUAUAGAUGAUAAUUAUAAGUUUAUUAUACAAUCUUGUCUACAGAACUCGAGUAGCGAAAUUCCUUGCACUCUUGUCGAAAAUGAAUCAACAGUGUACUUAGAUCUCCCUAGUAUUGUAAAGGAAACUGAUAAAUUCCUGCAAUCAGAGCAGUGUUAUAAUAGUCAAUAUUUAGAAUUUAAGGAUAAUAUUUGCACUAGCACACCCAAAGGUAGUGAACCUUCAGCUGAAAACACAACAGAAAGUACCGAACCGGAAGCCGAUGUUUUAUGUGAGACUAAAAUUCCAAACUACGGCCACGGAACAACAGUAACGAAACAGGAAUCAAAAUGCGCCCCAGAAAAUCUGAGUCCUUUUGAUUCACCUUCGAAAAGUCACCACACAGACACGUACGACGAAAACAGUUCAGUAGUUUUGGGUCCGUUCGAAAACUGUACUCUAGAACUAUUCAAAGGAGCCAAGUCCAUUUGCGAAUUAACUGAUCUACCUAAAGAGGAACUGUUGGCGUUUUCUUCGAAUUUUAGCGAAAUAAACCUGGAAACACCGUCGCCAUUGCGCGAUGGAAAUUUUCUGAACGAAGUGCCGGACAUACUUCCUGAUGAUUUGCAUUUCGAUGAAAUAGCAACACUCAGCGAGGCUAAACCUGAAUCGCAAACUGCGAAUAACACAGAUGAAACUGAAGAGCAAUCUACGACUGAACGUCGAGUUUCGCCAUCGACUCCGCCUAAUUCGCCAGGGAAUUUCCUCGCUUCGACAUCGCAGCAGAAAUAUCUGGUCGACAUUGACAUAAGUUCUGAUAACACUAAUAACAUCUCUGCCGCUUACCAGGAAGCGAUAGAUUCAAAUCAGAUCGAACUUCAGAUGACGACCAAAAUGGCGAUAGCGGAGAAUGAAAACAAUAUGAAUAUAGAAUAUUCUGGGCCACUCACCGAAGAAGGCAUUACCUUAGACGACUCCGUAUUUAGAGACAAUGAUGCGAUACCUGAAUACUAUUUAUCUGGUAAUGGAAAUGCUGUAGAAGAUGACAGAGAUAACCUUGCUAUUGAUGAAGAGAGAAUGAAAGAAUUAAGAAACGAAUUGGAGCUUAAGUUGCCAUUAGCACAGGUGGCAGGCAUAGAGCCAACAGUACCAGAGAGCGAAAUGACGGAGUUGCCUCCACCGCCCGAAGUCCUAGUGUCAUAUUACACAUUGUCGCCCAUCGCCGAGGAAACUCGUAUGCAGCUUUGUGCGUACGAAAAUGACGAUCCAUGGAAUUGUUCAAACCAAACGGAAUCGUCAGCCAGCUACCCCGAGCCCUGCAACAACUCGACCGAUGAGAUCACCGACCUGCCCACGGCGGCCAACACUGGCCCACAGCAGUCCCACGACCACUCCACCUACACCAUACAGUCUAAAGAGGCCUCCUUGAAUGGGACCUACACGGUGCAGAAAGAGGCGCCCAGCAGCAGGGAAGCAACAAUGAGCGCAGACAGCUUAAACGCCAUUUCACCGAAGAAGACACAAGAUCUGCAAUCCCCGAUCGAUAAUAAAACGUACACCAAAAACGAUGACGAAAAAGAAUCGAACUGCGAAAGGCUCUCACAAGUGUCGCCAUUCCUCCUCAGUCCCACCACAGAAACAUCGCCCCCUGAGAACUCGGAUAACCCCGCCGGUGUAUCUACGUUCUCUAAACCGACUGUGCCAACUGACGCGAAGUCAUCCAAGCCAUCGGAAACCCAAUGCCUAUCGAAGGCUACAAGUAUAGACUCGUGGUGUUCGAAUGAUACGUUAUAUAACGUGGAGGAAAACUUUGACGAUCUUGCCAUGGAUCCCGAUGUUCCGAUAGAUUUCGAAGCGGAGCCAGAAAAGGACAAGAGCGAAAGCGACGACACACUGACUCACAAUGACGAUGAAAAGGAAGCGAGCCACUGCUCGACUUAUAUCAUUCACGACAGCAAGUCUGAGACAUUUUCCCGCGAUUCGAUUAACGACAAUCACACUUAUACGAAAAUUAAAACGGAAGCGGCAGGCACGACAUCCGCUGUUACGAAAUCAGACUUAAACGACUCGACUAAAAAUACUCCCACGAAAGAUUUAGCGUACGGCACAUUAAUGUCUGGAAUGCCGUCAUAUUCUAACUGUACUACUGAACUUUUAUCUGGUUUUGAGGAUGCGUGGAUGCUCCCUCAACCUGAAAUGGUAAGGAGAUCUCCAGUUCCAGACGAUAGUGUACAUUUAACUCCACCUAAGGAGGCGAGGGUGAUCUCUGUCAAGGAGAGCCCACAAAGUCCACAUCUCACAAUGAAACCAUGUCUUAAGAAGAUAGACAGUGUCGAACUAUCUUGUUUAGAGGAUAGCCCGGUCGCAGUGAAUCAAUGUAGAAUCUCUGAAGAUCAACAGAUCAAUGAUGAAGUAAUUAAUAGUCCUCAUACCCACUUCGUAGAUAUGGCUCAAACAGCAACAAGUACACCUAUUUUAGUUGUUGAGGAUAAUAAAAAUAUCGAGGCUAUACCACUUCAAAUGCCUCAAGUAGAAAUGAGCUCUGGGCACUUCUCGGGUGUUGAACCCAAUUUCCUAUCAUUUUGUCAGUCUGCUGAAAUACGACCGCAAGAUUUAUCUUCUAGCGCGUGUCAUGAGCGUGUUAGCUCCGAAAUUUUAUUAGACGGAGAAAGUAAAACGUUAAGUAAAGAUAGAGAGUUAUCCGAUCUUAAUAGAGAAGUUUCUGAUAGCAACCUGGGAGUUUCGGACAUGAGCAGACAGCUUUUAGUAGAAGUACCGACAUAUUCAGAUUUUGAGAAAUCUGCCAACAAUAGAUCUCAAUCUCUUUCGCCAACAAUUGACGCUAGUUUACUUUUAAUCCAAAAUGAAAGAAUAUCUAGUAGUCUCACAAUGGCAGCAGACGCGACGCACAAGGCAGAUGUUAAUAACUCACCACGUCCCGUCGUAAUCGAACCAGAGUCUCCUGUUUUCGUCUCAGAAAAUUUUACGAAUUUAUUCGAAUCUCGCGUAGUUGAUAAUAGCCAACCAUUGAAUAUUUUUAUCACAGACUUAGAUAAUUUAGAGGAAGAGACAGAACAACCCCAUUCGAUAAUUAUAACUGAGAGUCCUUUAAUGUUGUCAAAAGUGAGUCCUAACAGGACCUACGAAUCUCAUACGGGAGCUAAUUAUAUGGCCAUGAAUAAUAGUACUUAUGAUUCCCACACUGAUCCUUAUCAUUCGAAUAAAAAUAUUUUGUUACACGAUAGUCAGUCUAACCAGACAGUCAAUGGUAUAUCUGAAGAAAAAUGCGAAGAUGUAGAUGACGAUUGUCAGGAACAGAUACAUCUAGUCAAUAACAUCACACAGAGCCCAAUGAACCUUCAGGAAAGUUCAAACAAAGAAGAUGAAACAAUUAUUCAAACUGACGAAAACGAAACAAAUACAUCAAUAUCAGUUCCUGAAGCUACUGUGCAUUGCAAUGGGAUUGCCGAAAAGUAUGCAACAGUAAAUUUUCUCAAUGAAACUUUUGAAGAGUUGAUGGAAAGCAAUGUAGAUGAUAAUGAUAUUGCCAUCAAUGAUUUAAAGAGAGAAGACCAGACAAAUAGUACUUCUGAGAAGUCUCUAGAAAUCGUAACAGAUUCCGAGUCCAAUACAAGUCCCGCUGAUGACUUGGACGCACUAGGAGGUCCCACUAUAACUAUGGAACAGUUGUAUGAAGAUAGAUUAGACGCGAAUGGCAUUGUACAAGAAGAGAAACAGGUGACGUCGCUUACGGAAGAUUUUUUACAGAAUGAAAAAAAGUAUUGUCAGCUUGACUCGUAUUUUCCUCUUCUGAGUGAUAUAAGAUUUACUGGUCCUGCAACAGAAAUAAUGACUACGUCAUUUUCUCGAGACUCGCCUACGGAACCAACGUCACCCGAGUGCGAGCAGGACAGCAAGCCGGCCGAUAUACUGAAAGACUGGGACAGCGAUAGCGAUUCUCACUCCACAAACUCAUCAAGCGGAGAAUUUAUUUGGAAGGACGGCGAGGGACACGAGACCGCCGUCGUGCCUUCGACACAGUUUGAGCACCAACGAGAUAGCAACUCUCAGCCGAGCCACACGGGGUCAGGGGGAAUGCCCUCGUCAGCCGGUUCGGGGGACUCCGCGUCGGGCUCGGAGGGAGAUGAGGUGGAGUUCGUGCCCUCCUCGUGGGACUGCCGCGCCGCGCCCUCCAAGUCGUCGCUCAGGAGCUUGGAGCAACCGCAGGACAGCAAGAAGCGCGUGGUGUUCAAGCGGCAGAAGUACCACUGCGUGUACGAGUACCCGCGCGAGGCGGCCGACGUGGACGCCGACUCGCCCGCCGCCUACCUGCCCGACUUCUCCACAUACUCAGAAUGGGAUCCGACGAGUGCGGAAGAGGCGGAACUCGGCUACGGGCAGCUGUUCGGCGCGCCCAGCCCGCUCGACAUGUUCCCGCUCCGAGCCGGCAUCGCUAUCGGCGCAGAUUACGACGAAGACUUCUUCAUAUCGUCGUCGGCGCGGCCGUUCGAGAGCCUCGGCGUGAUGUCGUCGGCGAGCCAGUUCUUCCCCGGCGCGCACAUCAAGCCGCUCGCCCGCGACCUCGCCGACGAGCUCGACGACUUCCCGCCGCCGCCAUCGCCGCUGCCGACGCCAACGUACGUCCCCAGCAGGGCCCCAUCCCUAGACUUCACCACCCCGGACUCGGGCGUAGAGGACAUCACCCCGGGAUCCAUCACGGACGACGAUUUUAAAGCCAAAAAAAUGCUAGAUUCCGAGUCGACGCAGUGCUGGAGGUCGGUGGACAGCACCAGUUCCAGCGAGUCGGUGAGCCCGAGCUCUCCAGGGGGGGAGUCCCUGGGUGGGCUUCGUCACACGCGGGACAAGCUCAAGCUGGAUCUACCCCCCAGUCCGCACAUCCCCUCCCCGCGACACAACCGUGUGUUCAACUUCGUGCUCGACAAACCCAAGCGGAGAGACGAGAAGCCCGCCGAGGUGGGCACGACCCCCCUCGUGAUGACGGACGAGACGCCGAUCAUAACGAUGUCGCUGCCUCUGCCCAAGGAUUGUGAUGAUGCUAUCCCCGAACCGACGUUCUCCACUUUCGGCAAAGGGUCGACGAGCAAAGCGACAAACGCGGACGAAAAGAUCGUCCUCACGGAUGAAGACAACGUUGAAGUGAAGGAGGAGACAUCCACGAAGGUGGAGCCCGUCAAAGGGGAGGGAACCGUCCUGGACAGCGGGGACGAGGACUCCGGGAUAGAGAGCAGCUCGAAGGCCACUCUCGAGCGGAACAAAACACCGAAUAUCUCUUAAGUAGAUCAAACGUGUAGAUGUAGAUUUCUUAUUGUAUAUAAUAUAAGUAGAUGUGUAUUUGGCGACUUUUUUGCGCGCCAUUUGUCAAAGUAAAAUCAACUUAAUGGUGUUUGUUUCAAAACUCAUUUUCGUUUACACAUUCAUAUCAUUAUUCAAUAAUGCAAUCUUAUGCAGUGGAUACAGAUUCGUGGUUCGUUUAUUUAUAUGCACGUGAAAAAGUCGCCGAGUGCGAAGGCUUGAAGUCCGAGGCGUUGAGGCUUCGGUUUUUGUACGUACUGCGGAGUGAUACGAGCAUGGGUCGAAAAUUUGUAGAUUAUUACAUAUUUAAAUAAAUGAAAAAUAUUAAUGAAUGAAAUGAAUAUGUUGAAUACUCAAUUUGUGACGUAAUAAAGUCAGUAUAACAAAUCAGCGUGAACGCAUUAAUAAUUACAUGAUGCGUAUAUCAAGAUCCAUUUCACAUCGAAAUCGGUAGUUUUAAGCGCGAAAUUUAGUAUCAUAAAAAAGGUUUUCACAAUUUUCAGAUCAUUUACUUGUGUGUCACAUAAUAGGGUAGUUGACUCACAUCAAAUUUAAUAUACACAAUAUUAAUUUCCUACAUGGAACAAUGGUCCGAUAUAUAAAGAGAUUGUAAUUAAUAAAAGUUAAGUUUUUCAAAUUUUUCAAAAGUUAAAAACGCCGUCGUCCAUUUUGUGACGUCACAAUGUUACUUGAUGUAUUAAACGUCAAACUAACCAAACGCUCCGUUUGGUAAAGGAUUCGUUAACGUGACGUCAUGAAAGAGUUAAAAUAUAGCCCAUCAUGGCCGACAGCGUUUUGGCUCGUAUUGUCAAAAAAAAUAUUUUAUAAUUAAAAUUUUCGCAACGCAACGAUUCUUAUGGAGUAAACUUCAAAAAGUGUCAACUAGCCUAUUAUGUGAUACUAUCGUAUGUAAAGCUAAAUAAAGCGCUUACAUCGCUGGAAGUGUCAACUCGUCCGCUCCGCUCGCGUCGAGCCAUACAUUUGAAUACGUUGGCCGUAGUGUGUCGAUGCCAUUGUACUCGUAAGUUUACAUACCGUCUUAUUGGUUAAGUGUUCGAUAUUAUAGUAUUAAAAUUUUUUAUUAUUUUGCAUGACAUUUUUUAUACAUAUCGGAAUUCAAUUAUUUUUUUUUUAAUUUAUAUCUUCAAAUACAGUGAAAUUAUUCAUAAUGCAAUGUUUGAUUUAAAGUGAACAUCGCGAGGUGUUUCGACAGAGACGUAUUAUGGUACAAAUAACCGUGAACGGUAUAUAUUAUGUAGAUAUAGCGCUUUGAUUAUUGUAAUGAUUACUGUAGGAUCGUCGAACGCCCCCGAAGCGGCCUACUCAGGGCCUGUAGCCAAGUAGCGCGUCGAUUCUCUUUCUACGAUCGCUAUCGCUUCGAAAACUAGAAAAAAUGUAUAGAAAUGACAGACCUUGAUCACGUCCUGUCGAUAGCAAAUGUCAUAUACAUGUUAUUGAAACAAAAACUAAAGUUGUUGCUCUGUAAAGAUAAAUUUAUUUGUUUUGAACAUCGCAAGUCAUCUUGGCAAAUACAACUUAUUUUUACACUCAUGGUACAAACAACUAUUAUUUACUAACCUGUAAAGAGUUUUAUAAAACAACAUUAAAAGCUAUUGCUUCAAAUAUUCUUUCACACUCAUAGUUAUAAUUAUUUCCAAUAAAAUCACUAAUGCUUUACUUGUACAAAAACCUCGAGAAUUUUCUUCUAAGAUGAAUUUUAUAAUGAACAUAGAGUAAAAAGUGCGGCCACCACAGAUAAUACUUUGACGUAUGUCUAAACAGUAUUGCGUGGGAAAUUCAAUCGGAAGCUACAUUUACAUGCAUUUUUGAAUUUGGAAGCCUUUGCGUUCGUAGAAAGAGAAUCGACUUUCCACUUGGCUACAGGCCCAGUUUUUAUACAGCUGUAGGAAACAACUUUUUAAUAUUUGCUAGACUCUCGUAAGUAAUGUUUUUAUUAUUUCAUAAUAUAAUUAUAGUAAUAUAUGUAGGCGUAGAAUAUCGUAAUUAUGUAAAACUAUGUGUCGGAUACAUGUGCAAAUCAAAUGUCGCAAUUUGAAUCUAUACUAAUAUUAUAAAGCUGACGAGUUUGUUUGUUUGUUUGAACGCGAUAAUCUCAGGAACUACUGGUCCGAUUUGAAUUUUUUUUUUCAGUGUUAGAUAGCCCAUUUAUCGAGGGCUGCUAUAUGCUGUAUAUUAUCCCCGUAUUCCUACGGGAACGGGAACCACGCGGGUGAAACCGCGCGGCGUCAGCUAGUUCAUUUUGCGGAGUUGCAUUGCAGUCAUUAUUUAGCGUUAGAUGUUAGAUAUUUUAAUGAUAAAAAAAACUCGUUUUAUUUAUACAUUUUUAAUGAUAUUUAUACUUUGAUACAUAUUGUCUAUUUAUCUUGAUAUUUGUACACUCGAUGUCUAUUUGUGACGUGUAUCUGAACACGCGUAUCAAUUGUCGAAAUUAUAUCGUAUUUGUGACUUACAACUACGCACAAUGAAUACGCAUCCGCCAUCUUGGAAUUGUGAAAAAAAAUAUCUUUUAGGUUACAGUCCAACGUUACGAAUAUCGAAAGUAUGCAUUAGCAAUAUAAAUUCAUGCACCAAAUGCUUAUUCUGUGACAAUUUUUGUCAGUCUACUGAUGCAGAUCGCAUGCAAAAGUAACACAAAUUGGGUUCUUACUUCUUAUGUAACUUAAAUUUAUUUCUACAAAUACUUAAAUAUAUUUGCCAGACGAAUAUUACCAUAAACACAUUUGUAUUAUAUGAUUUACAGCUUAAUACUAAAAAAAAAAUUUAGGUAUGUAGAAACUAAUUAUUAUACACAUUUAUUUUGGCUUUAAUCUAAAUAGCUUAAAGCCGGAGUAGCAUUGUUGUAUGUACCUAUCGCUAAAGUCCGGCCGCUCAGAGAUUGCGUUUCUGAAAGGUCGUGAUCGAAUAAAACAAUAUUCAAUUUCAAUUACCUCGUUAUUUGUCUGAUCACUACAAAGACAAAUAGUUGGCAUCAACCUUGGAACUGUCGUACAAGGUUGUUGAACUGCGCUGUUUCAAGUUCCAUCGCCCAUUCUAUCAUGACCAGCCAGAAACGCAAUCUCUGAGCGGCCGGAUUGUUUUUACUUAUAUUGAAUUCAUGCUUCCGCAAGGCCUAGUAAUACUACAGUUGGACUGUGCCUAAUUAGUGAUUAUUCAAAAUUCAAAGCCAAUUUAGAAUUAAGUAAAACUUUAUAUGUAUUAAAUAAGUGUUUUUAGAUGUAUGAGUGACGGUGACAGAUCAACAUGGCGCAUUUGUGGCAACCGGCGGCACAUUCACUAUGCACUAUCACUUCUUGACUCUUAAACUUUAUACCAUAAGUAUGUACAAAAUCUUGUUGCAGGUAACAUACAUUGACCUCUUAUAAUUAAAAGACGCACAAUCAUGUAGAAAAUUCCACUUAAAAACUGGCCAAUUUUGCUUUGACAGAUUUAGAAUUAUUGCUAAAUUACCUAAUGGUCUUUAAAUAUAGUCCAAUAUUCAAUAAAAUCCCAAAUUCAGAGUCAAGCUUAAGUAUUGAAUUUAAGGUUGAAUUUGCAAAUGCGACUACUUGAAUUGAGUGCCAAGAAGUUUUGUUUGGCACUCAUUGAGUAGAGACGUUUUUUGGUCGCUGAUUGUGCAUCCACUUUUUAAUAGGAGAUGGAUGAUUACUUACAUAAAAUCGUCCACCUGUACAAAAAUACUGUCAAAGCAUAUUUUAUUAUACCGCCAGUAACCCUUUACUUCCACAGAUAGAUACCAAGAAAGUCCUUUAUGGCUAAUAGUGACUGCUGACAAUGCCCAAUGCCUUCUUGGUAACACUGAAGAACUUUCUUCCCCCUAUUUCUUAGAUGAAAGAAAUCUAACCACAGACACGGGGCUGUCAAGUCUGAUCAGACUCUGCCAAAGAAGCCUAUUCAUUCCAACGCCCCCCAGACCGAGGUCCGAAUCUCAAAUCUCCGUUGGGAGAUAUAUACUCCUCCUCCUAAAUGUACUCCUUUAAUUUAGCUCUCGAGCUCUACUCUGGUAGAAGCUUGAAGCCAAACCUCCCAAAAAGAAACGAGAUAGUAUAAGUAAAACAAUCAUUAUUUUUUAGUAAAAACUAAUGAACUAUAAAUGUAUUUCAUAUAAAUUAAAGACCAAUACAAUUAAAGACCAUUCAUUGCAUUACAACUGGUCAGAAAUGCAUAUUUUCAACGACCAGAGUUUACUUAGCCGCCUGCAGUGAUAUUUUGUCCAUACUUUACCUCUCUCUUUACUAAACAAUACUUAUUCUAUAUCACUUCUAAUAGAAAAAUAUCUCUAUUAUCAUUUUUUUUAUUCUAAUAGGUAAAUUGUGCACUGCAAUAUUGGAUUGUCCUACAUUGUGAAGCCGAGCCACUUUAGUUACUGGGCUCUUAUUAACUAUGACAUUCGAAUCGUAUACAUAUUUGUUAUCUCAAUUAUUAUAAGCUGUCAGCUGAUAGGACAAAAUUAGUUAUACUCAGUCCGAGCAAUUAUGGUACUUUUGUCAACUUGAGAUGGUUAUUUAUGGUUUAACAUAUUCGAUUUGAAAUAAAACAUUGCAUCAAUGUAGGGCUGGAUGAUUGUAUUAAUGUUAAUUUCUGUUUAUCUUAAUAUUUACUCAGAUACCAGAUCAUCCUCAAGAGAAGACUACGAACUUAAUAAUAAUAUUAGUAACACUAAUUUUUACAUAAGAAUUUCGCAAACAGUAUCAUAUUAUUGUUUUCCAAACGCCCAUGAACCAGUUUGGGAAAAAACUAAAACCCAAUGAAUGCUACUUGUCUAAUAAAAUUAAACGCAAUCAACUCCAAUUUCAUCCUAAGACAUCUGUCUAUAGCAAUAGGAGAAUAUCCCCAAUUUCUGUAAUAACAAAGACAUUGUAAUUCCGAUUACAAGGACAAGGAUAUUGUAAUUUCGAUUAGAUCAUUAGAUUGAGCAGCAUGUACAAGACGAGUCAAGCAUUUAACUUUAUUUUUGAUCAAGACGUUGCCACUGGCACAUGGAAUCGGUUCAUUCGAUAAAACAAAAACAACUAUAUGAUUAUAAUGAUUUAAAAGAAUGAUAAUAUGUCUAGUUGAAUUUGGCUACUGAAAGAAGAGACUGAAAUCACCUGGCAAAAAAAAUCUAUUAGUGUUUGUUAAAAAAACCUAUGUAAUGAAAAUUCAAGUAUCAAACUGAGUUAUUCCAAUAUUUGCACUAUAAUUUUGGGAAUGCGCUACUAAACUUUUAAUUUGAUUGCAGUCUUCAUUAGCCAAUCUUGAUAUUUUAAAAACGUUAAUUUGAACUUUUAGUACAUUAUAUGUGAGCCUGUCUAGGUCCAUAUUUGUACCAAAUGAAUAAAAUGCUUGGACUGAGUAUUUCGGUAUUUGAAUAAUUUACUAUGCAAUUAAAACCAAAUUCUAAAAUCUUUAAAUACUGUUGGACUUUUCGCUACCUCAAUGUCUUUCAAUAAAUUAAAGCACUCUCUAUAUAAAAUUCAUUAAAUAAAGUAUUGGAUAGAAGCAGGCGUUACUUUGCGGAAGUUCAUCAUGAUUAAAUAAUGAUUUAUUUAUUUUGCUAUCAUCCGCGAAAAGUCGACGAACCCAUGCGACAACGUGCAAUUGCACGUCAGCGCCGGCCCGAAGUAAAUUUUAGAAUGGAGCGAGAUCCAAUUAUGGCGCCUCUCCUGUUUGCUCCUAACAUUAUACUAGGGACAUUUGAAAAGUUUUUAGCGUUCCUUAUAUAGGCAAUCGAAAAGAAAGAAAUUUCUUUUAUUUUUCUUUACCAUUUUGGCGCCUGGAGCGACCGCUCCGUUCGCCAUAUGGACGGGCCGGCCCUGUUGCACGUUGUAGAGUCAACAUCUCCUGAGGAUGCUCCGGUUUCGGGGUGAAACGUACGUAGAGAGUAUUUUGCCGGACCUGGGUGACGUUGUCGCAUGGGUUCGUCGACUUUUCGCGGAUGAUGGCAAAAUAAAUAAAUCAUUAUAUAUUCAUUAAAUAAAGUUUAUCACUCAGCCAACUAACAAUGUAGAUUAAAUUUUUCAAUCAGUCACUCUUUUGAAGUUACCGAGAUAGCAAAUAUUAGGUACUAUUCAUAUCAGGAAAGUGGAAGAUUAUAUUCUGUAGUCAGCAAGGACUUUAGUUUUGUCGUAGAGUAUUCGCACGAUAACUUUGCGCGUGGCCAAAAUCGGAACUAAUCAAAAGUGCCGCCAUCUUGUCGUCUAUCUCUAUCUAUCUCUUAGCGGGUAAAAGAGAUCACUAACGCUGGCAACAUAAUUGCGCCGCCAGUCGCGCGCAGACUUAUCUUACGCGCACUCUAAUUGCAAUUUAGGGAUGUCAUACUCCUUUCUCAUGCGAAAAGGUGUCAUGGAUGACGUCACGAAAUGUAUUUUGCGUGUAGGAGAUAGUCAUAGAGAUGAGGGCGCCAGUAUCGCGCCGCGGUCGUGUCAUCAGAUGUGCAAUUCGUCCAAGCGUGUCUCGUGUGCAAUUGUUCUCAUUUCCAUAUCAUCGCAUUUUAGUUGUUUAGUUACUGCUGUAAAUAUAAUUUAAUAAAAGUUAAUCGGAGAUGAAAUUUUUUUUUUAUUGAUGAAAAAUUUAUUCGUAUUUCGUACGUGUUUUAUUGUUCUGAAACUCUUGUUCUUUACAGUUUUAUUUUUUAGAUAUUUUUCGUUAAUGUACAGAUGUAAAUACGCUGGUAGAUGUUCAUUUUGUUUGGAUUACUUAGAGAUAUAGAUUUUGUAGAUGCUGAUAUUAGUUCUGGGGUCGUGGUCUAAGUUUUCGAAUCGAAAAAUGUGACGUUUUGUCGAGUAUUUACCAUACAAAAUUUAAGAAAGUAUUUUUACUGACUUCUUCAUACCUAGCACGGCUGAUAUCAUGUGACAGUUAGUAAGUAGACGUACUAGUCAGCGCGUUAUCAACUGAGUCGUGAUCCAUAAAUGAUAGAGAAAUGGCACAACGAGUCAUUUGCUGACUGUCUGGGUACAGUGCAAUGAUUUCAUAUUCAAUGUUGUAUUUGUAUGGAGUAAUAUGGAAUGUUUCGACUAUAUUUGGGCGAAACAUAUAAUUAGGUCGAUAUCACUUUUUCAACUCGAAAUCUUAAGCCAAGUCUGUGGUCUUGCAUUCUUUGUAAUUGCUAGCUUUUAUAAAUUAAUUGUAAUAUGCUAAUCUGUUUCGAAAAUAUUUCCAAUACGAAGGAUUUGUUUACAUUGUAACAAGGAAUUAUCUGAAUGAAUUGUCCAAUAAAAUAAUUAUUGUUAUAAUUGUACCUAUUUAUUAUUUCUUUUACUUUAUUAAUUCAACAGUAUUUAUAUGAAAAAUAAAUAAUUAAUAAAAAUUGUGACUUUGAA